UGUUGGUAGUAUAUCCGCAAAUUAUUUUUCAUUGAAAAUGUUUACAAACAAAAUAGAAUUCAUAUGGAUGAACAGAAGAAAACAUGGACUACUUUUAGAAAUUGAAAUUUUUUAGAAGGUAAACUCAUUAUGAAGUAACUUUUCUAUUUUACGAUAGAUAGGACUUGAUAUAUAUGUCAACUUUCUAUCUUCGUAUUUAAUUGAAAAGCUUUUUGUAAACUAUAACAUUAGAUCAUUGAGACAUUUGUUUCCCAAGAUAAUUUUCAAAAAUUAUCGCUGGCUUGAGAGCGUUGUCCUAAUGAUCUAAUGUCGUAGUUCAAAAAAAGAUUUCUUCAAGUAAAUAUGGAGAUCAAGAGUUAACAUAUGCAUUAUAUCAUAUCUAAUGUAAGAUAGGCAAGUUACUGUAUAGAAAAUUUACCUUCGAAAAACUUCAUUUCCUACAAAGGUAGCUCGAAUUUUCUCUUAUUCGUCCACAUGAACUUCAUUUUGAGUUUGUAAACAUUUUCAGAGAAAAUUAAUUUGAUUUCGAAAUCAUACGUUGAAAUUUGAAUAUCUCGAUCUGUGUAUACACUACGGACAGGUCUUAUUUUAAAUUCUAGAUCAUUUCAGAUUCAAAUGACUGUAGACUUUUCUUUUGCAUAGUUGAAAAACAAAAAUCAAGAAAAAACCCUAGUUUUAGUACUAUCUAAAGUCGACAUUGCUGUAUUUUCUUUUUUAUAAAGUCAAUUAAAACUUUCAAGCAUUUUUCGUCUUGGAUACAUAACGAUUUUUGAAGAUGAAACUAAUCUUCUUUAAAAAUAAUGUUCUUUCUCAUUCAUAGUAUGAUGGACACAUGACCUGUGUUUUCCUCUCUCGAUCCACACAAGAUCGAGCUCGAUAAUUGUUUGCAUUAUAAAAAUAGAAAGAUUUUACUAAUGCUUACUCACCCAUAUUUUUUCAAACUUUGAGUAGCUAAGAAAUUAAUUCUUCUGUAAGGUUAAUUAAUUUUCGGAAAUUUUUUUCCUGCUCAUAAUAUCAUCGUGAACCAUACAUUGCAUUUAUUUUGAUCAUAAUGUGUCAUUAUUUUUAGUUAAUCAUAUUCAAACUUUAUUUUAUUUGUUUUUCUGUCGAAAUAAUUUUUUGAAUUCAAAUUAGUCAAGCAAAAAGAAUUUUAAGAUGUUUAAGUAAAUUCACUUUGAAAGUCAUCAAUUAUCAGCAUGAUCUGUACUCUGAGAGACAUAAUCAUCGUCAUUAUGAUCUUUCAGUUGCUCUUCAAUCAUUGCCACAUGAAUAUCGACCUUUGUCAACUUUAUUUCAUUUUGUUUGAUAUGAUUUUUGUCCCUGCCUGCUUCCGUUGUGUCUAAUUCGAAAAUCCUUUUUGGACGCAAACAGUUAUCAAUAUCUGUCUUGCGUAGCUUGAUAGAGGAAAAGAUAGGCUAUCUGCUCAUCAUAUUAUAGAUGAGAAAUCGCAUUGGUUUUGAAGAAGAUUCGAUUUACCUUUAAAACUCAUUAUGUGUCCAAGACGAAAAAAUGGUUAAAAGUUUCAUUGACUUUAUUUAAAAAAAUAGAGCAAUAUCGACUCUAGAUAAUACUGUAAGGAGAACUUUUUCUUGGGUUUUGUUUUUUAAUAAUUCACAUAAUACCUACGAUCACUAAAUUCUGAAGUGAAUUAUAGUUAAUUUAGCAGUAAGAGCGUUCAUUUGACUCGAAUAUGAUCCAUCUCCUUUAGUUACAGUACACGGUCUUCGUAUCUAUGUUCAUGUAUGCGUUUUGGCGGUUUUCCUCAGAGUAAAGAGUUCGAGAUUUGCUGCUUAAAUACAUAUAAAAACUUACUUGAAAGAUUAGUAUAAUUUUUGCAAUAUUGUACAUUUAUGAAAAUAUUCACGCACUAAACAUUGCAAUAUGAGUAAUCAUGCAUGGAUUAUGAUAUGUAAUGAUUAAUUGAAUUUUGCUGAUUACUACUUUCACUUCAUUCAAUUUGUUACUAUGGGUAGUGAAAAAAAAAUUUGAUUUUGAAAAAUAAAUUUAUUAUGACAAAAUAUUGGUCGAAUAAAUAAGAUUUUGAAAGUUCUUUGACUUUGUUUUUGCUUAAUUCCACAUAAAUAAACAGUUCGAUGUUGAUUACUUAUUGCUAUGAAUGCUUUUCAUUGAAAACGAAAAUCUUUUUAUUUGAAUUCUUUUUAAAUUUAGACAAACAUCCUUAUUGGAAUAAUGUUCCAACAGGACGUACAAGUAUUGAAGAUCCUCCACAACUUGAAUAUGAUGAACAUCAUAUUGAUUUAAUUGCUGAUCAAGAAGGUGCCGAUAUACGGCAACAACUUGGUUUUGACGAUGAACAACAAGAUUUGAAUUUCAUUGGUGAUGAAAAUAUUAGCGGCGAUUCAUAUGAUAAUGGCAUAGCAUUGAAUUCAAAUAAAAAUCGAGGAUUAAUCAAAGGAAAUAUAACAUCAGAUGGAAUUAUCGAUGAUGACUUUGAAUCAGAAUUAGGUGGAAAUGAACAAACAGAAUUACAUGAUACAGAAGAUGUUGAUUAUCAAUUAAUGACAAAAAUAGCUGAAUAUGGAAUUAUUGAAUGUUGUGGUGAUGAUAAAUUUGGUCGAAAAACAAUUGUUUUUUCAGCAUGUCGUUUGCCGAAUGAAGAGCUUAUUAGAAACAGUGAAUUUAAAACAGUUAUUAAAUUCCGUGAAUGUUUAUUUAAAUAUUUUUUACAAGCAUUUGAUCAAUAUGUUGAUAUGGAUUAUGUUCUGAUUUAUUUUCAUUAUGGAUUACGUUCAUAUAAUCGACCAUCAUAUGGAUGGUUAAUGAAAUCCUAUCUUAAAAUUGAUCGAAAAUACAAGAAAAAUUUAAAAGCACUUUAUGUAGUACAUCCAACAAAAUGGGUUAAAUUUCUUUGGCCAGUUCUUCGUUCAUUAAUAAGUGCAAAAUUCUCGCGUAAAGUAACUUACAUUAAUCAUCUUGGUCAACUUGAAGAGUAUGUUCAUCUUGAAAAUAUUCGAAUACCUGUUGAAGUUAAAAAUUUUGAUCCUGUUAUUCGUUUGGCAUCACCAACGAAUAAAAUACGACCGACAACAAAAUUUCAUGUUUCACUUCAAUUUGUUCUAGAGAAUGAACCAGGUGAAACUGUACCAAUUGUUGUUCGACAAACAAUUGAGUAUAUUAAAAAUUGUGGACUUAAUGAACCAGGAAUUUUUCGACGAGCUGCAGCUGUUUCAUUGAUUAAACAAAUACAACAGAAAUAUAAUGAAGGUCAACCAGUUAUAUUCGAACAGUAUGGUGAUGUUCAUUUAGCAGCAUGUGUUUUAAAAACAUUUUUACGAGAUUUAUCUGAACCAUUAAUGACAUAUCGUUUAUAUCCUGAACUUCUUGGUCUCUCAGGUACACUUAAACGAUUUGAUCAAGUUGAUGUUAUUCGAGAUCUUAUUAUUGAAAAAUUACCAACACAGAAUUAUAAUGUUUUAAAAUAUUUGAUUGAAUUUUUAAAUUUGGUGGCUAAUUAUUCAAAUACAAAUCUGAUGACGACGACGAAUUUAUCGAUUGUUUUUGGACCUAAUUUAUCAUGGUCCGAAGAUGUUCAAAUGAAUACGUUGGCUAACUAUGCACUUAUUAAUACACUAUUACCACGCAUAAUCAAUGGUGGUAUAGCCGGUAUUGUUGGUGUUAUAUGUGUAUUUCCAUUAGAUUUAGUUAAAACUCGAAUGCAAAAUCAAUCAAAAAUGGUUGGUCAACCACCACUUUAUAAAAAUAUUUUUGAUUGUGCUGUAAAAACAUUUCGAAGUGGUGGUUUUCGUGGAAUGUAUAGUGGUUCUGCAGUCAACAUUUUAUUAAUAACACCAGAAAAAGCAAUUAAACUUGUUGCGAAUGAUGGCUUUCGCUAUGCAUUAAAAACCAAGGAUGGAUCACUUCCUAUGCAUCGACAAAUUCUAGCUGGUGCUGGUGCUGGUACAUGUCAAAUUGUUGUAACAACACCAAUGGAGUUACUUAAAAUUCAACGACAAAUGGCAAAAUCAAAAGAUUCAACUCUUUCACCUAAUGCUCGACAAUUAGCAAUACAAUUAUAUCGUGAAAAAGGUAUACUUGGUUUAUAUAAAGGUGUUGGUGCAACAUUUACUCGUGAUGUUAUUUUUUCAAUGAUGUAUUUUCCUUUAUUUGCUUACUUUAAUGACAAAGGAAAAACACCAGGUAAUAAUCAAGUACCAUUUUAUCAUUCAUUUGGAUCAGGUAUUGUUGCUGGUGCUAUUAGCGCUUUUCUAGCAACACCAUUCGAUGUUGUCAAAACUCGUUUACAAACAUUAGAAUAUAAACAUCGUUAUUCAGGUAUCAUCGAUUGUGCUACAAAAAUCAUGAAGGAAGAAGGUUCAAGUGCCUUUUUUAAAGGUUCACUUCUACGUGUCAUGGUUAUUGCACCUUUAUUUGGUAUUGCACAAAUGGUUUACUAUUUAGGCAUUGCUGAAGCUAUGAUGGGUCUUAAACCAUUGGGUAGUGUGAGCUAA